AUGAUGGACCCCUACGCCAUCGUCGCCCUGACUUUCUUCAUCAUCAGCAUCAUCCUGGUCAUCUUCCCCAUCACCAUCCCCAUCCCGCGCACCCGUCUGCGUGUCAUCCUCAACACUGCCACGGCGCCCCUGGUCUGCGUCAUCAUCCUGGCGCUGGCCCAGUGCAUUCCCUUCUCCGUCUUUCGCGACGGGAUUAUGGGGGCCGAGGGAAUUAAACCAUACAACAUCAUGAUCCUCUUCUUCUCCCUGGCCUACAUGGCCAUCUCCCUGGAUCUCACCGGACUGCUGCAGGCGGCCGCGUUUUGGAUCGCUAACAACGGCGGUCGCCAGGGCAUCCGGCUGUACACAUCAUUUUACCUCUUCUCCACACUGCUCAGUAUUAUUCUGGGCAAUGAUCCGGUUAUUCUCUCGGGAACGGCGUUUCUGGUGUACUACACCAAGAUCGCUGAAUUGGAUCCGUCGGCAUGGUUAUUCGCCGAAUUUGCCAGUUGUAAUAUCGGGAGUAUGGUGCUGUUUGUGGGGAAUCCCACCAAUUUGGUAUUGUGUGAGGGAUUUCAGCUGCAGUAUUUAACCUACACGGCGUAUACAGCACUGCCGUUUCUCGGCUGUAUUGUCGCCGCAUAUAUCGCGCUGCUGGUGCAGUUUUGGAAAAGAAUCCCCAAACAAAUCGUCGCACCGGAACUGGACGCUCGGUCCGUACUUUUGGAUCCGAUCAGUGCGGCUGUCGGAUCCGGGAUCCUGUUGUCCUGUUUAAUUGUGAUUAUCGGAGUCAGCUUCGGGGGCGUGGAUGUGUGGGAAAUUGCGCUGCCGUUUGCCAUUGGUAAAUUUCUUUUCGAUGUUGUGUGGGAGGGAUUCAUCAAGAAACGACCGCGCAACACGUCGGAGAAAUUUGAGAUGCGGGAACGAGCAUCGUUGCAGAAUUUCCCGGUGGAGGGCGAGGGCGUGGUCAUCCGGACAUUCUCCCAAAAAUGGUUCAUGACGCGUUUUAGUGGAGUUAUUCGUAGCAAGAAUUUUCUUAAGAAGCGUUUUCCUACCGCGUAUACUUCGCUAAAACGUUUGCCGAUCGGUUUACUACCGUUUGCGUUAUCCCAGUUUGUCCUAGUCGAAGCGUUGGUGUACCACAAGUGGAUCGACAUUUUUGCCGGUUGGAUGGCGCAUUUGACCACUUCCUUACCGGCAACAGUUUUUUCUGUGGGAUUGCUGUCGGUCUUGUUGUGUAAUUUAGCCGGGACGAAUAUUCUGGCCACGAUACUGUUAACUAAGAUUCUCCGAAAGAUUCCACUGGAUGACAUAAACUUACGCGCGAGUUCCAUUGCGUUGGCCGUGGGAAUCUUAUGA